AUGAUGAGGACCACGGAGAACUUCCAUAAGAGCAGUACCACGCUAAACCCUAAGGCAGCUCCCAAGGGAAGGUACAUUUAUCUGGAAGUGUUCCUGCAGGGAGGAGCUCCCUGGGGUUUUACUUUGAAAGGUGGUCUGGAGCACGGAGAACCAUUAAUCAUCUCUAAGAUUGAAGAAGGGGGCAAAGCGGACUCUGUGAGCUCCAAACUGCGGGCCGGAGAUGAGGUCGUGCACAUCAACGAGGUCGCGUUGACCAGCUCCAGAAGGGAGGCCGUUUCUCUGGUGAAAGGAUCCUACAAGACCCUCAGGCUGGUGGUGCGAAGAGACACAUGUGCAGACGAAGGCCAUGCAGAUACUACCACCUCUAACUCCUUCAGCCCUGAACACCUCACCUCUGACCCCCAGCACAGGAAAGCUACAUGGUCGGGAGGAGUUAAACUUCGUCUGAAGCACAGGCGCAGUGAACCUCCAGGCCGACCUCACUCUUGGCAUUCAACCAAAUUUGGGGAGAACCAACCUGAUGCCAGCAUGAUGCAAAUAUCCCAGGGCACGAUUGGCACUCCGUGGCACCAAAGUUACCAUUCCAGUUCCUCUACAAGUGACCUUUCCAACUACGACCAUGCUUAUCUGAGGCGGAGCCCUGACCGGUGCAGCUCCCAGGGGAGCAUGGAGAGCCUGGAGCCCAGCACAGGAUACCCACCCUGCCACCUUCUUUCCCCUGCCAAGUCCACUAGCAGCAUUGACCAGCUCAGCCACCUCCAUAACAAAAGAGACUCUGCUUACAGCUCCUUCUCCACCAGUUCUAGCAUCCUCGAAUAUCCACCUCCUGGCAUCUCUGGUCGGGAACGUUCAGGCUCCAUGGAUACCACUUCUGCUCGAGGUGGUCUUCUGGAAGGGAUGAGGCAAGCAGACAUUCGCUAUGUCAAGACAGUCUAUGAUACUCGGAGAGGAGUCUCAGAAGAGUAUGAAGUAAACUCUUCAGCUGUGCUUCAAGGCAGGGAGGCCCGAGCAUCAGCAGAAGGUCAGAGCUAUGAUAAAUGGCAUAAUGUUCCUCGAGGAAGGGGAAUACCACCCCCAUCCUGGAACCAGCAUUGCCCCAGUUCCUUGGAGACUGGUACUGACAACCCACCAUCUAAGGUGAGUGCACCUCUGCCCCCAGCUCGCAGCGACAGUUAUGCAGCCAUCCGGCACCGUGAGCGACCCAGCUCCUGGUCUAGCCUUGAUCAGAAACGCUUCUGCCGGCCUCAAGCAAACUCUUCAGGCUCCCUGAAGUCUCCAUUCAUAGAGGAACAGUUGCAUACAGUACUAGAGAAGAGUCCAGAGAGCAGUCCCCCAGUGAAGCCCAAGCAUAAUUAUACCCAGAAGGCACAACCAGGCCAACCUCUGCUCCCAACUGGCAUCUACCCUGUACCUUCUGUGGAGCCACACUUUGCCCAGGUACCCCAGCCUUCCAUGAACAGUAAUGGUAUGCUGUACCCUGCACUGGCCAAGGAAAGUGGAUAUACAGCUCCUCAGGCAGCUUAUGACAAAAUGGCUACCUUUGAUGAGAAUGGGAACCAAAAUGGGUCUACCAGGCCUGGGUUUGCCUUCUACCAGCCCCUAGAACAUGACUCACAGUCCCCAGUAGAGAAGAAACCAGAAAAUACAGCCAAAUUUGUCCCCUACAAAGUCCAUUUUCCAUCAGUGCCUGAAAAUGAGGAGGAUAUUUCCCUGAGGAGACACCUCACAUCUCCCCAAGGCAACAGCCCACAUCCUAGCGAGAGAAAGAGCACCCACAGCAACAAACCAUAUUCUAAUCACCACAGCUUCAAAUCCCCUCAGGUUUCAGCCUGGCAAAUGGAAGACAAGAGACUUUCCAGGCCCUCAGAGCCCUGGGAGGAAGAUUUCCAGGAAGACUACAAUGCCAAUUCCCAGAAGAGGCAGGAGAGAGAAGGCUUAGGCCAGAGCUUGUCAAGAAACUUUGGCAAGACCAAGUCAGCCUUCUCAUCUCUCCAGAACAUUCCAGAGAGUCUAAGAAGACCGAGGAGCCUGGAGCUAGAAGGGGGAUUUCAGGAGGGCUACCCAGAUGGCAAGCCAGCCUCUAUAGUCAACACCAAGGCUAAGGAUUUUGGAAGGAAAGUUGGUCCUGACCAAAGGAGCCAUCUGGACAGGCCAGUUUCCUAUCCAAGACCUGAGGGGAGAACUAGCAUUUCAGCCUCUUUCCACAGUUCAGAACCAAGGUAUGAAGAACCCUCCUCCCCACUACACCAGCAAACAUCCAGUCUGGGCCGGAGAAGGCUCAGCUCAGGUACCGCCUCAGCUCUGCAGGGCUUUCAAUAUGGGAAGCCCCACUGCUCUGUGCUGGAGAAGGUUUCCAAAAUUGAGCAACGAGAGCAAGGGAGCCAGAGCUCAAGUGUAGGAUGCACCAAUUAUGGCCAUACCUUUAGACCCAACAGGACAGUCUCAACUUCCAGUACUUCAGGAAAUGAACUUGAAGAGGCAAGAGCCAACAUCCGUUUUUCUGAAUCCACUGAGCCUCUAAGCAAUGGGGAGCAGCACUUCAAAAACAGAGAGACAAAGUUGGAAGAGGUUUCCUGGCAGCCAUGCAGUCAACAGCUAAGGAGGGGUGCAGAUGGUGGCCGUGGGCCCCCAUUCCGAGGUGGUGAGACCUCCAGGCGGGAUGCUUGCCUCCUCCGCAGUCAAAGCACCUUUCAACUGUCCAGUGAGGCUGAGAACGAGGCCAUGUGGCCAGAUGACAGGCCUGGUACCCCCGAGUCGCCCCUGCUGGAUGCCCCCUUUAGUCGCGCCUACAGGAACAGCAUCAAGGACGCACAGUCCCGAGUCCUGGGGGCCACCUCCUUUCGACGGAAGGACCUCGAACUGGGGGCACCUGGGGCAUCUAGGCCCUGGCGACCCCGGCCUGCCUCGGCCCACGUGGGGUUGCGGAGCCCUGAGGCACCUGCGGUGCUCUCCCCAUCCCCACACACGCCCCGUGAGCGUCAUAGUGUGACCCCGAUUGAGAGCAACCCCGCGCAGCCUGCACACCCUGCCACCACACGAAGAGGGGCACGCCGGCGCCUGACUCCCGAGCAGAAGAAGCUAUCCUACUCGGAGCCCGAGAAGAUGAACGAAGUAGGAGUUUUAGAGGAGGCAGAACCAACGACCUUGGGUCCGCAGAGGAAGGGUCUGCGUUUUCCAGAGACCACCGUGGCCGACCGCCGCCGGAUCUUUGAACGCGACGGGAAGGCCUCCUCGUCGCUCAGCUUGUCCGGGCCUGAGCUGAAGCAGUUCCAGCAGAGCGCCCUGGCAGACUACAUUCAGCGUAAGACUGGCAAGCGGCCCUCAUCCUCCUCCAUGGGCUGUGGCCUCCAGGAGCCGGGAUUGUUGCGGGAGUACACUCAGGGCUCAUAUUUCCAGCUUGGUCCCAUGGCACCCGAAGGCCCUGGCUUGUCCGGGGCUUCCAGCCUUACGUCGCUUCCGCUUCCGGAACCAAGCCUGCAGCCCCACAGGGAGGCAAACCUCCUGCUGGCUGCAGCUCCAGCGCUUGGCGGGGAGCCGCCGCGGGCUCCUCGGGAUCGAAGCAGCUCCUUCGCAGGCGGCCGCCUUCCCAGGGAACGGCGGCACGGAGACCCCCAAGCCCCGAGGGAGCCCACCGGGGCAGAGCUGCUGGGAGGAGCUAACUGUGGGCCUCAGGGUCCCCAGAGGAUGGACAGGACCCCUGGGGAGCCACCCUUCUGGGGGCCUACUGCCAGAAGGACCGGGAAGUCCAAGUCAGCUGAGGACCUGCUUGAGCGCUCGGAUGUCCUGGCAGUCCCUGUCCACGUGCGGUCCAGGUCAUCUCCCACUGCAGACAAAAAGCGCCAGGAUAUACUUUUGGGGGACAACCAAAGCUUUGGUCUUCUUAUGAAGGAUCCAUGCUCCUUGGCUGGCACUGAAUCUAGGUCACUCAGUUGUCCGGAACAAGACGGAGAAGAAAUGCCAUUGCUCAUACACCAUCCUAGCCCUCAUUGCAAUGGUGCUGGCUGCAGAGCAGUUGGUGGCCUUUCUGUUCCCAGUGAAUGUCCUAGAUCCCUAGAGCCUCAGAGGCAAGCCAGGAGGACACCUUGCCCUAGGCCACUGCCAGCAGAAAUGGAGGACUGUCUCGCAGACACCAGGAUGGGACCAGUGACCCCACUCAGCUCCACUCUGCCUUCCUCUUUGCUGUCCCCCUACUGCUCACAGGCUGCUGCUCAGCAGGCUGGGAGGGAUGGUCAGGCAGGGCGACAGCCACUUUCACCCUGCAGCCCUGCAAUAACCCUCAGAAGCAAUGGUCCCACUCUGACCCAGCCUCCAAGAGGCCCUGAAUCCAGCAGCCCAGAGAAUGGGAUAGAGGAGGCAAUGAGGAAGAAGGUCUCACUACUUCAUCGGCCUCCUCCCCCUCGAGUGAAAUGGGCCUACACAGUUCGAGAGGACAGCCUUCCUGAGGAAUCCUUGUCACCUGAAUUUGUAAACCUGAAGCACUAUAAGAAACAGCAGAGUCUUCCAAGUUCAAGCAGCACUUCUGACCCAGACACACCUGUUGGGGCCCCAAGCACUCCAGGGAGGAUCUCCCUCCGAAUAUCUGAGUCAGUCCUACAGGCCUCCCCACCACCUCGGGAGGAAUAUGACGAUGAAGUGUUUGUGAAGGACUUGCAACCCAGUGCCACUUAUAACCCCACAUUUGAAGCUCUUCCUCCACCCCCGCCUCCUCCACUGAGCCUGGAAACCCUGGUGAAUAGCUUCGAUGACUUUCCUCCACCACCUCCCCAAGCUGUGUAUGAGGCACAGCUGGACAGCAAGGCUAAUGAGGAUCCCCAUACCAGUUCUAGCAAGGUGUUGACAAGAGAAAGACCAGUACCCGGUGCAGCCCAUUUGGUGGGUAGUCAGACACUAGCUUCUAGACCCCAGGAUUCUAUCAAGGCUUUGGAGGCCAAUGAGGGCAACCUACCCUCCAUCAUGGAAGACCAGCUCCAACCAGCUGGGUCUGUUGGUGGGGAGCCACCUCUCAUCCGGACCCUGAGCCUCAUCCACGAUCCAGUUAGUGGAAAUCAGGGUUUAGAAAAGAAAGUCAGUGCUGGUCCUCAGAAGACCUCAGAAGACAUCAGAACAGAGGCUCUAGCCAAGGAAAUAGUCCACCAAGACAAAUCCCUGGCAGACAUUUUGGAUCCAGACUCGAGAAUGAAGACAACUAUGGACCUGAUGGAAGGUUUGUUUCCCCGAGAUGUUAGCUUGGUGAAGGAAAAUAACAUAAAGAGGAAGGCCCUGCAGAGAGCCAUCAGCUGCUCAGGAUGUGAAGGCAAGAGGAGCGAAGAAAAGGAAACAGUGGGCAUGCUGGUCAACUGUCCUGCUUACUACAAUAUGUCUGCCCCCAAGGCUGAACUGCUAAAGAAAAUCAAAGAUAUGCCAGAAGAGGUGAAUGAGGAAGAGGAGCAGGCAGAUGUCAAUGAAAAGAAGGCAGAGCUCAUUGGAAGCCUUACCCAGAAGCUUGAGACCCUCCAGGAGGCGAAGGGGAGUGUGCUGAUGGACAUCAAGCUCAAUAACGCCCUAGGAGAAGAGGUGGAGGCUUUGAUCCGUGAGCUCUGCAAGCCCAAUGAGUUUGACAAGUACAAGAUGUUCAUAGGGGACUUGGACAAAGUGGUAAACCUUCUGCUCUCCCUGUCGGGGCGCCUGGCCCGCGUUGAGAAUGUCCUUAGUAGCCUUGGGGAAGAUGCCAGUAAUGAAGAACGGAACUCUCUCAACGAAAAGAGGAAGGUCCUAGCCGGGCAGCACGAAGAUGCCCGGGAGCUCAAGGAGAACCUGGAUCGAAGAGAACGGGUGGUGCUGGACAUCCUGGCCAAUUACUUUUCAGAGGAGCAACUCCAGGAUUACCAGCAUUUUGUAAAAAUGAAGUCAACACUCCUCAUUGAGCAGCGAAAGCUAGAUGACAAGAUCAAACUGGGCCAGGAGCAGGUCAAGUGUCUGCUGGAGAGCCUUCCCUCAGAUUUCAUUCCCAAGGCAGGGGCCCUGGCCUUGCCCCCGAACCUUGCAAGUGAAACGGCUCCUGCUGGGGGAUGUACUCUCAGUAGUAAUUUUCCAGCAUUAACCUCUCCACUUUAA